AUGAUCAAGCAUUAGGAGGUCUUUCGGAAUAUGCUUCCGAAUUUCUUAAAGACCAUUGGCAAAAGAUGUCCACAAACAACUCGUCGUAUCGUUCUCUUACCUUUAGCGAUACUUGGAGUUUUUGGCUUCCUAAUCAAUGUGCACAUUUCGUUUAUGUCCUCUGAUUUUGGUAUCUGCUAUCCCAAGACAAAUAUCGUAUUCCUGAAAACACACAAAUGUGCUGGAUCAUCCAUCCAAAAUAUUCUUAUGCGCUAUGGAGAUAGUCACAAUUUAACCUUCGUUCUACCUCGCAAAGGAAAUUAUCUAGGUCAUCCCGCCCCUUUCAGUCGGGUGAUGGUGGUACCCCCUCGACUUCCUAUAUACAACAUCCUCGCUCAUCAUACUCGACUGGAUUACAGAGAAAUAAAAAGUAUUAUGCCUCACAAUACCGUCUUCAUCACCAUAAUUCGGGAUCCCGUCCAGAUCUUUGAAUCGUCUUUCGCUUAUUACCGUUUAGAAAAGUUCUACGGCUCUGAUUUGCAUAAAUUUAUACAGCUGUUGCCUAAUGCAACCAAAGACUUUGUAAAUAAACGGUACAAAGGUAAGUUUGGUGCCAACCAAAUGUUCUUUGAUCUAGGAGGUAAUCCUGAUGUUUCCAGCAACCAAACCAUGAUUCUUCCUUAUCUGGAUCAACUCGAGUCGUGGUUCGAUUUGGUGCUUGUGGCUGAUAGAAUGGAUGAAUCUUUAAUAUUACUGAGACAUCUAAUGUGCUGGGAUAUUGAUGAUGUUGUUACUUUUAAACUCAAUGCUCGCAGUCCAAAAUAUAAAAGUGCACUCAACGAUGAAGAAAAGAGUAGACUGAGGAAGCUGAAUUAUGCUGAUGUUCUGUUAUACAAUCGUUUUCUCACAAAAUUUGAAAAACAAGUGGAAGCUUUUGGUUUGGAGCGCAUGGCUUCUGAAACUGCAGAACUUCGUGACAGAACACAGAAAUGGUAUAGGUUUUGUGUUAAAGGUGAACAGACGUUAUCGACACCACGAGUGAAACCAAAGUAUUAUUAUAAUCCAAGAGUAAUGGUGUUCGAACCGAAUAAUAAUGUUACCAAUAGUACCUGUAACGCCAUGACAUCAGAAGAACUUCCGUUUACAGAUAAAUUACGGAAAGCACAAAUGGCGAGAUUUUCCACAUUAUACCAAACGUUUUCAAGGCGCAACAAGACUCAGUCUUUAAAAAUUCUUUCUAAAUACCAAAAGAUUCCAAAGACGUAAUGAGUAUGUAAAUAGUGAAGUUUGUUUUGCACUUUUUCUUAUUGCAACUAAAUUUUGAAUGUUAUAUUGAAGAUUAUAUUUAUAUGCAAGUAAUAAAUUCAGAUUUUUCAAAGCG